AUGUUUUCAUUUGGUGCAAGUGCGAAUAAAACCACGGCAAGUGCCACUCCAUUCACAUUUGGUGGUGGAUUGUCAACAACUGCUGGAGCGACUACAACCACCACAACUCCAUUUGCGUUCGGUGCUGCUGCUGCUGCCACAACAAAUGCACCAACGAGUACAACAUUUGGAUUCGGUGCAACAUCAAGUACAGUGGCGCCUUCAACUGCACCAGGAAGCUCUUUUUCAUUUGGUUCGACUUCUGCAGUACCUGCUUCUCAACCUUCAACAUUUUCAUUCGGAUCAACACCUACAGUAGCACCUUCUACUCAACCAUCUUCAUUUAGCUUUGGAUCGACAAGUACAGCUCCAGCAACACAACCAUCUUCUUUUGCCUUUGGAGGAACACCUGCAGCAGCAGCAGCAUCUUCUUCUUCUACUACACAACCAGCAGGUUUCGCUUUUGGAGGAGGAGCAGCACCAACAACUGUAUCAACACAACCAUCAUCUUCUUUCUCGUUUGGCUCGACAGCAACUAGCACUACAGCUGCUCCUGCCCCUACUACAACUGGUUCUACAUUUUCGUUCGGUGGUGGUAGUUCGUCAACAACACCAGCAUUUGGUGCUAGUAUUGCUACACCCGUUGCUUUCGGAGCGACGACAUCCGCUCCAUCAUCAGCUGGCUUUUCAACAACAUCAUCCCUUUUUCCUUCAGCUACAUCGACAGUUGCAUCGUCACCGUUUGCACCGCCUGCUACGACGACAACUACUACUGCACCGACUUCAUCUCUCUUCUCUUUUGCUACUACGCCAGCAGCGACAACAGCGGCAGCAGGAUCUACGACUUCGUCUGCUUCUCUGUUUCCAUUCAGUGCUCCUGCUAGCACUGCUGCCACUACGACAACUACCGCAGCUGCCCCAGCUACAUUUUCUUUUGGAGGAACACCAGCAGUUGCUCCUGCUGCUCCAACUACAAUAACAGCACCACCAGCUCCUUCUCUCUUUCCUCUUUCAACCACAACAGUAGCGACAACAACCACAUCAUCAACAGCAACAACUCUAUCAGCAACACCAUCUUUUACAUUUGGCUCUCAACCUGCUCCUGCUCCUGCCGCUAUUACAGCAACAACUACACCAUUAACAGCAACAACCGUGUCAGCAACACCAUCUUUUACAUUUGGCUCUCAGCCUGCUGUUACAACAACAACUACAGUAGCAAGUGCUCCUGCUCCAUCAGCGCUUCCAUCGUUUACAUUGCCCAGUGCUACGACAACAGCAGCAACUACUGCUAUCUCUUCAGCAGCGACUCCUACUUUCACCUUUGGUGCUCCUUCGACAGCAGCUAGCACAACACCAUCUGCAUCGCUUAGUUUCCUUCCUAUAAAAACAACAGCCACGACGACUACUACGUCGUCAGCAGCAACUACCAGUGUAUCCAGUUUUCCAUCGUUCACUGCUCCAACAACGACAGCAGCAACAAUAGCAUCCACAGCUGCAUUUACACUACCUACGACUACUUCAACACCUGCCACAACAAGUGCAUCAUCAGCUACUUCAACAUUAAGUACAGCAACAAGUAUUACUGGACUUGGUGGUUUCUCUGCUCCUCCUGCAACAUCUGCAACAACUAGUUCAUCCGGUACGACUACCACUAGUACAUCCACAACUUCAUCAUUCGGUCUAACAGGUAUUAUUCAAAAACCCAAAGAAUCAUCUGAUCCAAUGGAUCAAUUAUUACCGACUGAAUUAGAUACGCUUGUUGAGAGUUUCAUUAAAACGCUGUCAGAAACUGAACAAUUAUUAACCGAUAUGGAACAUACAUCAACAAGCAAAUUUAUCAAUGUUCAUGAACAAAUCGUCCGUGCUCAACAGCAUGUCUUAGAUAUUCAAAGUGAUGUUCAAAGAGAUGAAGCAACUUUUGCACAAAUCAAUCAAGCAUAUCAACAAGAACUUUAUAAUACAACAAUUUGUAAAUAUCUUCGAUCGCUUCCAUUGGGUGCUGAUAUCGAAGAUCGAGUUGUGAAUAAUUAUUUAAUGCAAAAAGUUGAAGAUAUCAAAGUGAAUUAUAAACAAUGCCAAGAUGUUUUAGAUUGCGCAGAAAAACGCUUACAGACAAAUGGUUUGGGUGUCACUACCGAAGAUUUGGUUACAACCGCUAAAAAUGUUUACACAGGAAUGAUCACGGCCGGUUCAAAAGCAAAUCAAACACAUAAAUUGGUCGAAGAUCUCAAAUAUCGUGUUCUUGGUCAUCAAAAUAAUUCUAAUGAUCUUUAA